AUGAAAAAGAAAGUUAACAAAAAGAUCAUUAACAAGGAAGAAAUAGCUGAAGACUGGUGUUUCGCAUGCAAAGAUGGAGGAACGGUCCGUGUAUGCGACUACGAGCAAUGUCUAAAAUCAUAUCAUCCUUCUUGUGUGGGAAAGGAAGAUUCGUUUUUGGAAAGCGAAAGCCAGUGGAAUUGUGAUUGGCAUACUUGCGCUCUCUGCCAUAUUAGACCUUCAGAACAUCAUUGUUUUACUUGCACCAGUGCACUGUGCCGUUACUGUCGGCGUGCUUCAGAGUUCGUACAAGUUAAAGGCAAAGAUGGAUUCUGCUACAGUUGUCUAAAGCUUGUGAUACUGAUUGAAGAAGACAUGGAUUAUGAUUCUGACGGGGACAAGGUAGACUUUAAAGAUCGAGAAACUUUUGAGGGUUUGUUCAUGGAAUAUUAUGAGAUCAUUAAAGAGAAAGAAGGUUUGAAGACAGAGAAUCUUCGUUCAUCACAAGAUCGGAUGACGAAGAGAAAGAACUACAAGUCUGACUCUGAUUCAGAAGAAUUUGCUGAAGAUCAUGAAGAAGAGAUUUCUGAUUGUGAUGACAUGGAUUAUGGGAAGAAAUGCAAGAACCAGUAUAAGAAAAGGAAAACUGAGAGAUCCAAUUCCAAUAGAAUGGAGUUUCUGGGUUGGGGUUCCAGAUCUCUUAUUGAGUUUCUUGGUUCAAUUGGUAAAGAUACUACUGUAGCACUAUCGCAGCAUGAUGUAGUUUCAAUUAUAAAUGAUUAUGUCAAAGAAAAUAAGCUUUUUGAUCUGAAGAACAAAAGAAGAAUAACAUGCAAUGCCAGUUUGCAAUCUCUUUUUAGGAGGAGGUCAAUAAAUAGAUACAGAAUAUAUGAUCUUCUGGACACCCAUUUUAUGGAGAACCAAGAUAAUACCGAAGAGGAUGAGCUUGAGAAUAAUUCAGAAGACAAUGAAACCAAAAUCUCGGUUGCUCAUAAAAGGCAGAAAAAGCAGGAUGGAGUAAAAAAAUCCCAGAAAGAUGGGAAAGAAUAUGGUGCCCCCCGAAGUUAUUUCGCAUCCGUUAUAACUGACAAUAUGAAACUUGUAUACUUGAAGAAAAGCUUGCUAUUUGAUCUAUUUGAGCAACCAGAAUCAUUUGAAGAAAAGGUGAUAGGAAGCUUUGUUCGAGUCAAAUCAGACCCAAAUGAUUACAAUCAAAAAAAUUCUUAUCAGCUCGUGCAAGUCAAAGGUAUAAGAAAAGUUUUAGUUGGUGAUAACAAUACCGAUACCAUCCUUCAAGUUUCAUCUGUGCCAAAAGAAAUUCCUAUGAAACUGCUGUCAGAUAAUGAUUUCUCUGAGGAAGAAUGUGAAGAUUUGAGAAAAAAAGUGAUGGACGGCCAGCUCGCAAGGCCUACAGUGGUGGAGUUUGAACGAAAAGCCAGAAUUCUUCACAAGGAUAUAACAAAGCAUUGGAUUAGUAGAGAGCUGGCUUUGUUACAAAAACUCAUUGAUCGAGCAAAUGAGAAAGGAUGGAGACGCGAGCUUUUUGAAUACUUGGAUAGGAGAAAGAAGCUUCAAACACCUUCGGAACAAUCACGGUUGCUUGAAAAUGUUCCCAUGGUGAUACCGGAGCUAGAAUAUAUUUCUGAUGAUAGCGAGGAUGGGUUAGAAAUCGAGAGAUGCUCUUCGAAGUCAAUCCUUCAACAUAGUUCUAGUGUUCCCGAUGGUGGGUUGGAGGACAACGGAAUUUUAGAAGAGAGGCUUAAUCAUAAUCGUGCAUCAGCUCCUGAAGAAAAGCAACAUCUUCCAGAAAGAUCUGCCUCGAGAGAACCUGUGCAAUCCACUUCAGAAAAGAAAGAUAUUUAA